AUGAACAAUGAAAUUUUCACUAAAUGGAUAAGUGAACCAUCAAUUCCUAAUAAUUUAGAAAAGCCACCAUCAAUCGUUAUGGAAAAUUCUCCAAAUCAAAGCAAGGGAGCUACUCUAAAGGGUCUAACUAAAGCUCGAAUGGAAUCUAACAUCCAGGAAGUACAACUUUUAAACCUAUAUAGCAACAUUUACUUAAAGCCUACAAAUAAAGCACAUAGAAGACCAAGUGAAGCUGUGAUGCAAAUACAGAUAUAUUGA